AUGUUGUCAACAAAUCAAUUACAACAAAACGCUAAUGAUACCAUCAUCUUCAAAACCGAUAAACACUCGGCAAUAAGCUCCGAGAAAGUCCAGACUUUCUAUCAAAAAAAUGAAUUUUUCGACACUGUGAUCAAAGCAGGAAACGAUUCCGUCAAUAUCCAUGCUCAUAAAAUUGUCCUGUGCUCAUUGAGUGAGUACUUUUUGCAAAUUUUCCAUGACAAUCAAAAAGAUUCGAAGAAUAAUGUUGUUGAACUCAAAGAAAUCAAAGCUUCAACAUUGAAACUUGUAAUUGACUUCAUGUAUACGGGUGCGAUUGAAUUAAGUCUCGCAAAUGUUGAGGAACUUUUGCGAACUGCAUCACUUUUAAAGUUGAACACUUUAAUUGAUGGUUGUUGUGAAUUGAUUGAGGAAAACAUCAAUUACAGCAACUCUUUGUAUUGGUUCCGUUUGGCUAAAGAACUGAGCUUAAGUAGUCUGAAAGACAAGUCUCUGGAAUGUACUUACAUUCACUUUGAGAAAAUAUCAAAGGAAAAAGAGUUUAUGAUGUUGAAUGAAAAUGAAUUGAAGGAUUUGUUGUUCAACGAUAAUCCCCAUGGAGACUUCGAAGAAGAAGUCUUCCUGUCCAUGGUAGCAUGGAUAAAUUAUGAUAAACCUAAUCGAGAACUUUUAGUUUUCGAGCUUUUGUCAAUGGUUCGUUUUUGGGUAUUAACGCCCAAGUUCAUUGUUGAAAACAGACAUUCUGUUUGUAAGACUGUUGAAAGCUACGAAUUAAUUUGCGGUUGGCUUCAAUGGCAUUUGUCGCCGGAAACUCGUUCAAACGACUAUUCCAAUUGUACUUUCAAGCCAAGACAGAAGCCUAAGCUUGGAAUUGUAAGCUGCUUUUAUUCUCCUACCAUCCUUAACCGUAUUAUUAUCAUUGAAACCUUUGAUCCAAAAACAAAUUCAUGGUCAGAAGAAAUAGAAGAAGGUUUUGAUACCACAAAAGAUAAUUUUUCAUCAAUUGUAAUUGAUGAUAAGUUAAUUAUGGUUGGAGGGAAGGAUAAUGAUGAAUGGGAAAAUACUGUGGAAUGUGUUGACUUGGAUACGUUUGAGUGGACUGAUUUACCACCAAUGAUUAACACACCAGAACAACGUUGCGAAUUGGUAGAUUUGCAAGGACAUUUGUGUGUGUUUGCUGAUGGCGAAGAUACUGGCUCGUAUUCGAUGGAGUUAUAUAACUUUUCAACGUGUAAAUGGCAGGAUAUUCAUCCGCUUUGUCAACCAAGCAAAUCUAGUAAAUUAGCUGCCCACAAUGGAGUGUUAUACAUUUUAGAUUUUAAUAACGGCUUCUUGCAAACUUAUGAUGUUUCAACAAAUAAAUGGAUUUCUAGAACUAUUGAGGUAGAUUCGUUAAAUGAUUUUGGUCUUGCUGCAGUCGAUGGAUUUUUGUACGUCAUCGGUGGCGGUCGUUAUGAUAACGACGACUGCGAAGAAUCCAGUGAACAUGAAGGAUCGAAUGAAGAUGAAGAAAAAUCCGAUGAAGAUGAUAAUGAAGAAAAUUGUAAUAGAUUAAAAAUAUCAAAAACUGUCCAACGCUAUGAUUUAGCAAAUGAUUUGUGGUGUGAAAUGGCACCGCUACCAUAUACACAAGUUUUAUCAUCAAUUAAAACAAGAGUUCUUGAAAAUAAGAUUGUAGCUUGCGACCAUUGCAAUAUAAGCGAUAUGUAA